CAUCACGCCAUGUCCUUUUUUUGCUACCACAGAGCAGCGCGAUCUGCCUUCACGCCUUGCUUCCGGCGCCUCUACUCUACUCCAGGGCUGGGAAAGAAAACAAAUAUACAGCUGAUUGCUGAGCUGCGAAAACUCACCGAUGCACCCCUCACAAAAGCGCGACUGGCACUGCAGGAAUCUAAUGGAAACUUGGAGAGCGCGAGGAAAUGGCUGGAAGCGGAGCUACUGGCGUCGGGUGCAGCCAAAGCAGCCAAAGUUGAGGGAAGAGCGGCGAAUCAAGGUGUUGUCAGCCUCACCGUGGUAGAUGGAGGAUACGGACACGAAUUUGAUCCCAAGCAUCACCAGAAAGAACGCGACGGACGUAUUAGAGUAGGGCUGGUCGAAAUCAACUGCGAGUCUGACUUUGUCGCCAGAACUGACCAGUUCUCCCAGCUUGCAACAGCUCUUUCGUAUGUCGUUGCCCAGAUACCUUCCUUGUCCCAUUCUGAAGACCCAUCCUUCGAACCUCUUGACGUGUCCGAGCUUUUACAGGCUCAGUACGGGGAUGGGCCCUUGACAGUUAAAUCAGCUAUUCAGAAUAUAAUUGCGACCAUUGGCGAGAAUAUAUCUAUACGACGCGCCAUGGCGAUGUCAUGGGCUCCUCAGUCGGACCGCGCCGUCCGACUCGGUUGGUAUACCCACAACUCCAAUUCCCCCUUUCAAGGCCAGAUUAUUGGACUAUCCUUGUUGGACAUGCGCACUCAAUCCAUUGGAAAGCUCCUCGAGCCUAGAGUAGAGGACUCGCCCUUGUCUGAUACGGCGGGACAGUUGUCGCAUGCCCUUGCCCAGCAAGUUGUCGGAUUCAAUCCCGUGUCUAUCAUGGGUAGCGAUGAAACGAGCUUGUACGAGCAGAGUUUCAUGGCGGGCCAAGGUACAUUGGUCAAAGACUACCUUGCAAACUGGCGAGAAGAAAAUAAACUGCAAUCAGUGGAUGUCGCUGGUUUUAUCAGAUGGAAAGUCAGCGAAUCGGUCCCAGAAUAAGCCAGGUAAUGCCCCGAUCCUAUAAACACCCCCGCUCAUCAGUAAAAGUAAUAUCAAUAAAUAAUUGUCCCCUUGGCCCUGACAUCUACAACAAUUAUGAGAAACCAU